AUGAAGGCUGACCAGCAUGACUUUACACCUGUCCUCGAAGCACAGGUCAACAACGGGGAACGACUAGGAGUCGAGCAAACGGUGCCGGCGCUUGCAGCUAACGGCAUUGGAAGCAUUAUUGCUGGAACCGAUACCACGGGCCUGACUCUGGCGAUUGGCAGUUGGUCGAUAUAUCUAGACGAAGGUAUCCGCUCACGCCUACACGCCGAAUUGAAGACCGUCUGGGAGGCAGAGAACAGCCACCCCACGCUGCAAGACCUGGAAAGACUUCCCUAUCUACGAGCGUGCGUCAACGAAAGUCUCCGCUUCUCCAGCCCCAUCAGUGGAAGACUCCCCCGAAUAACACCACAAGGAGGACUCGACUAUGCCGGGCAUCACAUCCCCGCCGGCACGACCAUUUCAUCAGCGGUCUACCUCCAACAUUUUGACGAGGAGGUCUUCGCCGAGCCUUUCACGUUCAACCCCGAUCGAUGGUUGGCAAAAGAUGUCUCGAGACAGGAGCAGAGCCUCGUACCUUUCUCCACCGGCUCGAGAGCGUGCCUGGGCUUGAACCUCGCCACCGCAGAGAUAUACAUCGGCCUGACCACCAUGAUCCGGUGGUUCAAGGCUUCCCGUGUCCUGGACAGGGACCUCAAUACUAUCAUACACUUCACCCGCUCGGUUCCGGGGGGUUUGAGAGUCGACUUGGUGGAGGCGGAGGAAUGA